UCCACUCUGUACUACACUCCUUGUGUUGUCACCCGCAUCGGGAUUUGUUUGUGCUUCAGGGACAAAGUAGCUCUACUAUCAGCUGAAAUGGCACCCAAGAAGGACCCUAAGGCUCCCGCCAAGAAGGCCGAACCUGCGCCAGCACCUGCACCUGCACCCGAGCCCGCCCCUGCUCCCGCAGCUCCCGCUGUCGACCUGUCCGCCGUCAAGAUCGAGUUCAGCGCAGACCAGGUUGAAGACUACAGGGAGGCCUUCGGCCUGUUCGACAGAGUGGGCGACAACAAGGUGGCUUACAACCAGAUCGCUGACAUCAUGCGCGCUCUGGGACAGAACCCCACCAACAAGGAGGUGACCAAACUGCUGGGAAACCCCUCCGCUGAUGACAUGGCCAGCAAGAGAGUAGAGUUCGAGGGUUUCCUGCCCAUGCUCCAGACCAUCAUCAACAGCCCCAACAAGGCAGGAUUCGAGGACUACGUUGAGGGUCUGCGCGUCUUCGACAAGGAGGGCAACGGCACAGUGAUGGGUGCUGAGCUGCGUAUCGUUCUGUCAACACUGGGAGAGAAGAUGACUGAGGCUGAGAUUGACGCUCUCAUGGCAGGACAGGAGGACGAGAACGGCUGUGUCAACUAUGAGGCCUUUGUCAAGCACAUCAUGUCUGUGUAAGGACCCUGCCACUGCGGUGGUGAGCAUCGUAUAUGUGCAGACCCCAUGGUGUCGCGACAUCCACUCGCUGUUUCCUGUACCACCUGAGGAAGCAGGGGGAACAAAGGACUAUGAGAUGUCAUUUCCUGAACCCUUCUUUUGUUUUGUUCUACACUUUUUUUUGUCCAACUGGUGCUUUAUUUGUCCCUCCUCCUCCUGCUGCUCUUCCGGAAGCCGUCCUGAUUUCCCACAAGAUGUUUUUCCUCAUCGCCAUCCAAGUCCCCGUCUCAU